UUCAUUUUGGGAAAACAGGGGACAGUUAAAUGACUGCCUGCGCUUUGUUCAUGGCGGAGAGAAUCUGAAGUUAGCAACUGGAGGCUAAAAAAAUAAAUAAAAGUAAUGAAACUUCUACUUGGAAGAAUCAAUUAAGAUAAAUUGUGAUCCUUUUAAUACACAUAUUAUACGUAAUAAAAGAAGUAGUUGAUAGCUGGCGCGAAGAAAGAAAUCGAUUGGCUGACCAGAAGUAGGCGGACUUGUAACUGCCAAUUUGCUUAUUGUUAUCAUGUUGCAUUUGUUCAAGUGAUCUGCUGAGUUGGAUUACUGCUGGUACAGCAUCUUAGUAACUAGUUUUAGAUGCAAACAUCUCAGCAACAUCAAAGUUCAGCAGGCAUCAAUGGCUUGUACCACAAGCCUGUGCAAGACAUUCAACCCUAUUAUUUGCAAAAUCUUCAAAUUUUAGACAACAAUAUGUGCUCAGAGUCUGGCAGCCAAGGAACCAGUGUCUCUUUCCAGACAUACAAAGAGCAAUUCUUUACGCUGGAAUCAUCUACGACAGCUGCUGGUUUCCUUGGCUAUGAUUCGCCUUCUGCUGUGAGUGUUUCAUCUAGCAAGAGUCCGUUUUCUCCUCAAGGUUCUCAUUCAUGCCUCUCGGAUCCUCAUCAUUCCUCUGACAAUCCUUAUGGAUCGCCAAUCAGUGGGUCUUCCGUGGCUGGUGAUGGUGGUAAAUUGAAGCACAAGCUGAGGGAAUUGGAAAUUACGCUGCUUGGUCCUGAAUCUGACAUUGUUGACACUUGUAACUGCUGCUUCAAUAAUGGGAUCCACCAAGCCAGUUCUAUAACAAAUUUGAACUGGGAGAUGAUCCCCAUGUUAGACUUGAAGCAGAUGCUCGUUCUCUGUGCUCAGAAAGUUUCUGAUGGUGAUCUUGUGACUGCAGUUGGUCUUAUGAAUAAGUUGGAGCAAAUGGUGUCCGUCUCCGGGGAACCAAUCCAACGUUUGGGUGCUUAUAUGUUGGAAGGGCUUCGAGCAAGGUUGGAAUCAUCUGGGAGUAAUAUCUAUAGAGCAUUGAAGUGCAAAGAACCAACGAGCAAAGAACUAAUGUCUUACAUGAGUAUCCUCUUUCAGAUUUGCCCAUAUUGGAAGUUUGCUUACACAUCAGCUAACGUUGUGAUUAAGGAAAUGAUGCAACAUGAGCCUCGGAUUCACAUAAUCGAUUUUCAGAUUGCACAGGGCACCCAGCAUAUGAUGCUAAUUAAAGAUCUUGCAACACGUCCUGGGGGACCCCCACUUCUCCGGAUAACUGGCUUGGAUGAUUCUCAGUCAAAUCAUGCCCGAGGUGGAGGACUCCAUAUCGUGAAGGAAAGGCUUUCUAAGUUUGCUGAGUCGUACAACGUUCCAUUUGAGUUUCAUGAUGCCACCAUGUAUGAUUGUGAGGUUGAGUUGGAACAUCUUAAAGUCCAACCUGGGUACGCAUUGGCUGUGAAUUUUCCUUACGUGUUGCAUCACAUGCCAGAUGAGAGUGUCAGCAUUUGGAAUCACAGAGACCGGCUCUUGAGGCUGGUUAAGAGUCUAUCACCCAAGGUUGUGACUCUUGUUGAGCAAGAAUCCAACACUAACACUUCCCCUUUUUUCUCAAGAUUCCUAGAGACAUUAGAUUAUUAUGCUGCAAUGUUUGAGUCAAUCGACGGUGGUUGCCCAAGAGAUGACAAGCAGAGGAUCAGCGCAGAGCAGCAUUGCGUGGCUAGGGACAUAGUUAACAUGAUAGCUUGCGAGGGACCUGAGAGAAUAGAACGACAUGAACUACUCGGAAAAUGGAGGUCAAGAUUUAUGAUGGCGGGAUUUAGUCCUUGCCCAUUGAGUCCCUCAGUGAGAUAUUCAGCGGGAGAAGUACUGAAGGAUUUCGAUAAGAAUUAUGCCCUGGAAGUUAGGGAUGGAGCUCUUUACCUUAAAUGGAAGAUGAGAGGUAUGGCAACCUCUUCUGCCUGGAGGUGAAAAUACACACAAAGCGAGUCUACCCUGUAGGAUCUCUAACUUUUAGUGCCGUGAGCUUUUGGGAUACAUGUAACUUCAUAGGAUCAAUACUAUAUAUAUAUAUAUAUUUCUCUUUCUCCUAUAUGCAAUGUAAGAUAUAGGCAAGGAUUUUUCAUCCCAGAAUUUCAGUGUACAUGUUCAAUGAAGAAACUUCUGCUUUCUUACCAGAGAAGAAAAAGAGAAUUAGUACACUGCAUUUCAUCA